GUCAAUGGAGGCAGACCGGACCUACUGACUCAAUUUGGAGAUGUGCGGCCCGACCCUCUUCAUGGCGGGAGAGAGGUGGAGAUGCUUUCUGGCCCCGUCGAGGUCAUCCGUGUUCCGGGUCUUAAAUAAUUCCUGCUGUCGGAAAAAAUCCACUACACCUAAGAAAAUUACUCCCAAUGUUACUUUUUGUGAUGAAAAUGCAAAGGAGCCUGAAAAUGCACUUGACAAGCUCUUCUCUUCAGAACAGCAGGCUUCCAUCUUGCAUGUGUUGAAUACAGCAUCUACUAAAGAACUUGAAGCUUUCAGAUUUCUUCGUGGAAGAAGGUCCCUCAAUAUCGUAAAGCACAGAGAAAACUUUGGGCCAUUUCAGAAUUUAGAGAGUUUAAUGAAUGUGCGCUUGUUUAAGUAUAAAAGUACAGUUCAAGUUUGUAAUUCCAUACUUUGUCCAAAGACUAGAGGGGAAAAAAGAAAGUUACCGGAAAACCGGUUCCUGAGAAAGUUCCUCAAACCAGACAUAGAAAGAGAAAGACUUAAGGCAGUUAAUAGUAUCAUAUCUAUUGUUUUUGGUACUCGAAGAAUUGCCUGGGCUCACCUCGAUCGUAAAUUGACAGUGCUGGACUGGCAGCAAAGUGACCGUUGGAGUUUAAUGAAGGGAACAUCAUACUCAUCAUCAGUCUACUUAGAAGAGAUUUCCUCGAUCAUUUCAAAGAUGCCUAAAGCAGAUUUCUAUGUUCUGGAAAAAACAGGACUUUCCAUUCAAAACUCAUCUCUGUUUCCAAUACUGCUACAUUUUCAUAUCAUGGAAGCCAUGCUGUAUGUCUUAUUGAAUAAAACUUUUGCCCAGGAUGGGCAGCAUCAGGUGCUGAGCAUGAAUCGAAACGCAGUGGGGAAGCAUUUUGAACUGAUGGUUGGUGACUCCCGGACUAGUGGAAAAGAGCUUGUGAAGCAGUUUCUCUCUGAUUCUGUACUGAAGGCGGAUCCUCGGGUGUUCUUCCCAUCAGAUAAAAUAGUCCGCUACAGACAGAUGUUUUUAUCUACUGAACUACAAAGAGUAGAAGAGCUUUAUGAUUCAUUAUUACAAGCUGUUGCCUUCUAUGAAUUAGCAGUGUUUGACUGAGCCUUAGAAUUCUGAGGUUAAUGUGCUACGGUUAUAUUAAUGUAUAAUUAUUAGCUCUAACGUAACACCAACUGUUGUGAACAUCCAUGUUAUUGGAAAAGAACACAUUUUGAGUGUAUUUUAGAUGUUUAAAUUCUGACUUUUGGCUAUUAAAUGGUUUACACAAUAAGCCAAGACCAAAUCAAUAAACAUUUUAUGAGAUUC